UACAGCCUCUCCCAAUUUUAGUACAAGCAAUCUAGUGAUUUUGGCAGUUUAUGAAGAGAGGAGAAUUGUGUAAGAUUGAAAAAUGUUUGGGUUACUCAGAAACGAGGGAUUUCCCACCAUGUUCGGGGAUAAUAGAUCCCCUGUUACUGUCGAUCUCGAUGAAGUGGCAAUUCUAUUUGUAUUUGUGGUUCUAGCAGUGACUAGUUUAAUUGUUACCCUUGGAUACAGCAGGAAGAAGAGUCUCUGUUCAUUCGUCAAGGUCGGAUUUAGCAUUCUAAUUGGUUGUUCAUUAAUGAUAUCGAAUUAUGGGCAGGAGUGGGAGGUCAGUCACAUUCAGACGAAAACCCCCUACAGAGCCGGUGAAAAAACCGAGAUUGAUGCGGCGAUAGGAAUUAAAAUUGGUCUGCGUUCCAUAAAUGUGACAUUGAGAGCUGACACUGAGCCGAAUACUCCACUCGCUGGAGAGACUAUUAAUUAUAACGAGAGAUUCCCGUGGACAUGGGACCAAGGGAGAUUCGGAUUCGGACCUAAUUCCGGACAUUUACAGAGGACUUUCAGAGAAGCACAGAGGAGAGGCACUCCAAUCCCCAUCAUCUGGGUCGUGGACUAUUUCAUUCUCGAUGGAGAAAAUAUAAGAUUUGGGAGGUUCUAUAGGACUGCUGGGUGGUACUGUCAUAUCUUACUCUGGGCAGCGUUACCAGCUUGGAUCCUCGCGAACAUCUUCCUGCACUCGGUAGGGAGAUACGCAGCAUAUUUCACGGCUUUGGCAGGCUUCCUAGAGCUUUUGAGCUGUGUCAUUUGGGCAUUUGUACGAAAUCCAAUUCCACUGGCUAUUCCAUUCGAAGGGGGAACACUGAGAACGUCCUAUGGAUUCUCUUUUUGGGUGACACUCUCCGGAGGUAUUUUAUGCCUGAUAAUUGCAGCAAUUCUGAUAGUAAUGGACCUCAGAUAUCCCAACACUCUCUCAAAUUUCCUAGGGAUAAAUAUUCUGGAUCAAUACGACGAAUACGUUGUUCGAGCAAAUGAGUUGGAUUACAUGAGAGAUAGAAAUAAUAAAGAUGGAUCGAUGGAACUUGGCAGAAUGUCAAAAAAUUUUCCUGAUAAAGACGACGGAUUGGUACUGCUGAAACGUCGGUCAACAGCUAAAAGGGCGCAGAAGGAUCUACUCCGUGUGGGUUACAUUCCUGUGAAGAUACCUCACUAUGACGACGUUUAUUACUACAAUGUAAUGGAUCCUGGACACUCGAACCACGCAAUGGAAAGUGAAGAGAAGCCCCUGCUGCUUCCUCGUCGACAGAACAUGGAGUAAUUCGACGGACUCAUCCAGGGAAGAGAAUUGAACUCUACUAUUUAAUCAAAUUCUUUCGGACUGCAUUACGUGAGGGGUUCACAUCAUUUUUUUCAUUCUGUAUUUUUGCAUUGUCCAAUAUAUAUCAAGGUAGAACUGA